AUGCUACUCGCCAUACGCGACAAACGGGAAAUGCCUUUUCACCAAGCGAUUUGCAAGAAUACCACUGCUUUCACCUAUAGGGCCACACAAAAGUCGCCUGUCAUAAAAGAGCUAGUGCAGUUCACGUCGGCCCAGAUGGUGUUCCGCUUCCGUACGGACCAUUCAUCCAACCGGCCCGGGUUCCACAUAAAAGCGAGGCAGGUGCAAUGUGGAUCGAGGGUCCCGCCGGUCACUAAUCUCGGCAAAGCCCCGGCGCUGGGCGUGCCCUGCACGUACGAGUUCUGCGAUCGGAGCGGCGUGUUCUACAGCCAGGGCUUCCCGGGGCCCUACCCGAACCAGAUGUCGUGCACGUACCGCGUGCUGGCGCUUCCGGGCCACUGCCGGGUAGAGCUGUCCUUUGUCCAGUUCAACCUCGAGUCCCACAAGAAGCCGGACGGCCAGUGCGGCGCCGACUUCAUGGAGAUCAACAACGUCCGCUACUGCAACCGACAGCUGGAGGGCCAAAUAAGAAUUCUGGAUUUCAAGGACUCUCCUCGGAGCAUUACGAUGCAUUUCAUCACGAACGACCACAACGCCGGGAGAGGAUUCUUGGGCUUCUACAAGCAGCUGGCAUGUGAAGGACACAAUCGCCUCCCUCCAGGCGUCCCGGACAGGCCCGUUCCAGCGGAGCCCCCGAGCCUGUUCGCGCCGGGGUUCGAGCCGCCUCGGCAGCCUCCGGACACGCAGCGGCAGCCGAGCUGCGACCGCCUCUACGCGCUCCGGGAGUUCGAGCUGGAGAGCCCGGGCUAUCCGAGCAGUUACCCGCCCGGCCUCGACUGCCGCUACUUCAUCCGCCGGCUCAACGACGGCAUCUGCGCUCUGCGAGUCACCUUCAACAGCUUCGACCUCGAGGACAGCCCCAGCUGCCAUAACGACUACUUCGAGGUCGAUGGCCACAAAAUCUGCGGGCAGCUGCCCCCCGGAAAAGCGAAGGAAGUCCCACUGCGAGACUUCCAAACCACGUUCCGCUUCCACUCGAAUGGCGCCGUCGAGCACCGGGGCUUCCUGGUACAAGUGGUGCAGGUGCCCUGCCAAGGUCCGCCGUCCUUCGAUGCCCAGCCCUCCCCGCCGGGUCGCUACCCGCACCACUCGGCCAUGGGCCCCGCCGGCCACACGCACCCUCACCCGCACCCAGGCAAGAAACCUCCGAAACGGCUUUCGAAGCCUUGCGAACGGCUCAAAGGCCAACCUUGUUAA